AUCGCUUUAUAAAGGCUGUCAGUAGAAUAACAAUAACAUUGUGACCGGCAAGCUUCGUUGUGAUGGAGCUCUCGGGUGUAAUUGUGUUAGCCCUGGCUGGCUAUGUGACAUGCACGCCUUACGGAUAUGGUGUAAAAAGCGGUGCAUUAGCGAAAGCUGACGCGGCCGCUGGAUCCGGUGCAUUCGGAGUUUUACCUGCUGUACCCCUCAGUAUUCCAAGUGGGAACGGAUUUUCUGGAAGUUUUUCCAAGUCAUCAUCAUCUAGUUUUGCUUCAUCGAGCUCAAGCUCAAGUUCCAGUUCAAGUUCGUUCAGUUUCGGCGGUUCUACCGCUGGUGGAAUAGCAGGAAAUAGUAUACCAUCAACGUUACACGGUUCGCCUGGAGUUCAAAAUGGCUUCGGAGGCAGUGGAUCCACUGCGUCAGCUGCUGCUGAUGCAAAAGCCUUUGCCGGAUCUUCAGCACUCUCUUAUAAUGUCGGCGGUUUGCCUUGUGCGGGAAAUAACUGCAAUAUUGGCACUAUAAACAAUAAAUGCUCUUCGAGUGGUUGCGGAUUGACUGGCCAACAACACAGUGGACUCGAUCACAAAAAUUGCUUAUCUGGACAAUGUCAGCCAUCUUCAGUUUUACCGACCCACGAUAGAGCAGACUUACAAACAGCAAUUUCUCCGUCAAUCCAACAAGAAACGGACUUAAAUGAUUUUGAAGUUAAUAUUGGAGGGAAAACAAAAUCUACGAAUAAUUUAAGUGGCCAUGCAUCUGUUUUGGAUAAAAAUGGAUACCAAAAUUCUAAGAAAGACUGCUCCUAUGGGAAAUGUGGAACAAUUACUCAUGAUUCAUCUGCUAUACCUACCACAUCGACCCACUAUAACGAAAACCCCUCAUCUAGAAAUUGUAAUUCCAAUUCUGGAUGUGAUACUUUUAUCCCUCUGGGACCCUCAGAUAGUUCCGUUUUAACGAAUACUCAACAACCUGCUACUCAUUUAACUACUCCUAAUAGUGGACCCGCAUGUUCUACCCACGAUUGCAAACCUGCUUUGACCAAUCCUGAUUUAAAUAAUGGCAAACCAUCAAGCUAUCAUGUACCUAUACUUGGUUCAAACAACGGUGAACUCACGCCUAAUUAUAAAAGUAAUACCAAUCCCACACCCUUAUAUAAUUUACCAUCUGGUACACCAUCAAAACCUGAUAUUACGCACAAAAUCCCCAGUUACUCUGAUGGAAUUUAUUCCUCUCAGUUACCAAGUAGCUCCGCUGGAUCUCCGGGUUGUAAUGGGCCAAAUUGCAAUUCAUUAAAUGUUCCAUCUCACCAAGUCCCGAGUACAUUAUCAUGUAGCAGUCCUAAUUGUGGUGGUAUCCCUAUUGAUUCAACGCACAGCUUACAGGGUGCUUCCUCACAAUCAGCUACGUUUGGUGCAUCAGGAUCAAAUGUAAAGCAAGAGAGUGUUUCUGGUCACUACAAUCAAAAUGCUGGUGGAUUAAUAAAGCAAAAUUACCCAGCUCCACAUACAUCUUUAGAAACACCAAAAACAAAUACCAACAUUUCACCUGGUCAAAACACCAAUAUUUCACCCAGUCAAAAUAUUCCAGGAUAUACAGGAGGAUUUGGAACACCUACUGGGUCAAUUGAUGCUAACUCUGCACAUGCACAACAAACCAAUGGAUUCGAGAAAACGAUUACUUCGACACAUGAUUCAAAUUAUCAAAAACCGGUCCCAAGUGGGGUAUAUUCUAGUCAAGAUAAACCUUCGUACACUGGUGGUUUUGGGGGUUCACCAGGGACAUUCGAGACAAAUACCGCCGCUCUCCUACAUAAUCCAUCUAAGUCAACCAACGGACAACCAUUGUCUAGUUCAAUCACGACGCCACAUAAUAUUGGAAUAUCGGGCAUUACUGGCCAUGAUUCUUUUGGCUUACCAAAACCAGGUUCAAGUAUACCUACUAGUCAAAAUUCACCUAAUUACGGCUCAGAUGGAUUCGGAACACCUACGGGUUUAGCUGACAUCAAUUCUGGUGUAGGCCCUCAUAAUAAACCACACAAUGCUGAAGGAGCUUCUGUUCCUGGAUCACACGGAACCUUUGACAUAAAACCAGCUACAGCUACGAGUGGUAUAUAUCCUACUAAAGACAAACCUUCGUACACUGGUGGUUUUGGGGGUUCACCAGGGACAUUCGAGACAAAUACCGCCGCUCUCCUACAUAAUCCAUCUAAGUCAACCAACGGACAACCAUUGUCUAGUUCAAACACUACGCCACAUAAUACUGGAAUAUCGGCCAGUACUGGUCAUGAUUCUUUUGGCUUACCAAAGCCAGAUUCAAGUUUACCUACUAAUCAAAAUUCUCCUAGUUACGCCUCAAGUGUAUUCGGAACACCUUCUGGUUCCGCUGAUAUCAAUUCUGGUGUAGGCCCAUAUAAUAAACCACACAGUUUUGGAGGAGCAUCUGUUCCUGGAUCACAUGGAACCUUUGACAUUAAACCAGCUACUGCUACGACACCGUCUGGCCAGAAAACGCCUAUAUAUACUGGUGGUUUUGGUGGAUCACCGGGUACAUUCGACACUAGUUCUAAAAUAGGCACACAUAUUGAAUCAAAACCCGUGCAUGAUAAAAUACCUUCUGUUUCUCAUACUGCAUCAUCUAAUCAUGAUCAUGCAGGUUCAGCAGCCACAGCAGCAGGCACUGGAUCAUAUAACUUUCACAUCACACAAAAACCAAGUGAAAGUUCCAUUAAUAUUAAUACUGGACAUUUGACAGGAGAAAAGGGUACAAUUAGUCCUGGAUUACCUAAACCUGUUGACGAAAAAGAAAAGUCUCCAUAUUUGGGUGGAUUUGGUGGUACAUCCGGAAUACUAAAACCAAAUGAGUAUAGUGUAUCGUCUAGUCUCCCUACAACACCUAUAGGCCCUGCCUGUAAUACUGGAGGUUGCAGUUCUACAACUGGUCACAAUUUGCAUCAUGGAAAGGAAACUAUACAAUCAAAUGUAGCAUCUAGUGAUGCUAGUGCAUCGGCAAAUGCAAAAUCAGUAGCUUAUUCAGGAAGUUUCGGUGGCCCACCAGGAUUAUUCAAACCAUUUGAUAAUAAGGAAUCCAUCAAUGGACAAGCUGAAUAUACUGGAAAAGUUAUAUCUGGACAAAACGACCAGGCUAAAAGUGCAGUGAAUUCGGAAUAUGGCACACAUUUGGCGAAAGACAAUAAAUAUAACAAUGUGAAUAAAGUGCCAUCUGAUUUAAUAAACACGGCUAACGCUGGAGCUAAUGCUAAUUCGGUAGCUUUUGCUAGUUCAAGUGCAUUUGGCGCAAACCAAGGUCUCGGUACAUCUGGCUGCAAUUCUGGUUGUGGAUCAAAUUAUGAUUCUGGAUCUGGAGGCAUUUCCGGUAGCCUAGGCUCAUCAAAAGCAGGUGUAGGUGGACACAACAAUCUCCUUAGUAGUAUAGCCUCUAGUCUUGCGGGUGCUACCGCUGGAUCCUUUGGAGCCGGAAGAAGCUUUGCCAGUUCUUCAGCUCAUGCAUCUGCGGGUGCUGCAGUUAAAGGAGGGUACGGAAGACGAUAAGAUCACUCAUCUGCAUACCUGCAACCACCUUCUCUUGGAAUAUCGUAGAAGAGGAAAAUCGUUGCUUAUUUGUCGAUCCCAUUCUGAUGUAACACCGAAACAAGACUUAUUUUAUAAGGCAAUGUGAUAAAUUCUUUUGUAAGAUAGUUAGAUAAAUAAUAAGUUUUUACAAUACGUUUUUACAAUACUUUAAAGUAAAUUUUAUAAAAUAUAAAUUAUUUUAUAUUAAUUUA